AUGAAUCCAUAUUUAACUGAAGAACUAGUUGCUUGUGCAAUAGAAACAAAGCAUAGGCCUAAUGUCUUAAAUUACAAAACUAGACUCAUUAAAGAGCUUUCGGAAAUAAAUUUAAUGUUUCCAAGAAUACACGAUUCUUACCAAUUUAACACAGAUAUGAUGGAUUUUGUACCCUUAAGUAAAAAAAAUCUUGGUUAUUUAGCAUUGAGAUCUACUGAAGAUGGAAAUUGUCUUUAUAGUUCAAUAUCUUUGAUUUUAAAUGACAAUAAUCAUACUUCAAAAAUUCUAAGAUUACUGACAUCAAUUGAUUAUUUUAAUCAACAUAGAUCUGAAUAUUCUCAGCUUUCUAAUUUGUUUUUUAUUGCUGUUUCGUUUAAAUGCUCUGACAGUUUUUCAACAAUUAAUGAUAAUAUGAUUUCUGAACUUCUGUUAAAAGAAGCGUAUUUAAAUUGCUUUGAUAAAACAUUUUCAUCUUUCAUUUGUCUAAUAGCAUUAUCUAAUGUUAUAAAGCAACCUAUUGAAUCUAUUUAUCCUGAAAUCGAUCUUUCUAAAAAACGUCCAGCUGUUGUUAUGAGUGAUCCAAGUUUACUUAGCAUCAAAAAAAUAAAAGUUUCUAAGUCUAGUUUUCCACCUACAGAUAACAAAAUACAGAAACCAAUUCAGUCUAAAUUAUUUUUCCCUACUGUUUCUAAAAACACUUCAGAUAUAGAUAAGUCUAGUUUUUGUAAUGAAAUAGUAAAAACUGAAGUAGUUAUCUCAAAAAACGCCAACAACAAUGAUAAAAAGCAAAUGAAUCUUGAAUCUAAUGUUCCACAAAAGGAAAGCAAUAUUGUUGACAUUAGUUUAUUAAAUACAAAUCAGCUAGCAUCUUAUUCAAACUAUGAUGUUUCAUCAUACUGUCUACAAGGUGAAAAAUUAAAAUCAGGAACAAAUGAUCAUGAACUUUUAUCUCUAAUUAAUAAUGUCUGGGUUCCGGAUAAAUGUUUCCAAUUCCCUUUAACAGGUAAAAGCAGAAAAAGACGUUUUUUGCUAAAAUGGCUAGAUGAUUUUUCUUGGCUUUGUUACUCUAAAAUUGAAGAUGGUGCAUAUUGUCUUCCAUGUACACUUUUUGGUACAAAUUUACCAAACAAAUAUGCAUUAUGUAAAUUGUUUAAAGAACCAUAUAAUACCUGGCGUAAUGCUGUAAAAGUUUUCAACGAUCAUGAGAAAACUGUUGACGGAUUACACAUCAAGUCCAUGCAUUGUUAUAAUAUGCUUUUAUCUAGAGCUAAAAAUAAUACUUUUCCUAUUGAAGUUUCUUUAGAUAGUUCUAGGAAACAGCGUAUAGAAGAAAACAAAAAAAAGCUUGAAUCAAUUGUUAAGACUAUAAUAUUUUUAGGUCGAAGUGAUAUGCCUCUACGAGGUCAUAGAGACGAUAGAAAAUAUCAAGGAGAAAUUGGAGAAUCUUCAAAAAAUACAGGGCUAGGUAAUUUCAUUGAGCUUUUAAAUUUUAGGGUUGAUGCAGGUGAUUUAAUUUUAAAGGAGCAUCUUCUCUCUGCCCCCAAAAAUUCCACAUAUAUUUCAAAGACCAUUCAAAACGAGUUAAUUGAGUGUUGUGGAAAUGCAAUUGAAGAAGUUUUAUUAAAUGAUAUUAAAAAAAGUAAGUACUUUUCCAUUAUUGCAGACGAGGCUUCAGACUGUGCAACAAUAGAACAACUUUCUAUUGUCAUACGUUAUGUUGACUUGAACAGUAAUAUUAAGGAAGUUUUUUUACGCUUUUUUGAAUGUAAAACAGGUACAAGUGGUUUAAGCAUAGCUACCAAUAUUCUUGAAACUUUAAAAGAAUUUGGUUUAGAUAUAAGAAAAUGCAGAGGCCAGUCUUAUGACGGAGCUGCUUCAAUGUCAGGUGAAUACAAAGGUGUUUCAUCUGUUAUAAAAAAUGUUAAUCCUAAGGCAUUAUUUGUCCACUGUGCCUCACAUAAACUUAGUUUAGUUGUUGGGAAGAGUUGCCAAAUCCAGCAAGUAAAAAAUUUGCUUGAGCAAGUUAAAGACAUAACUUAUUUUUUUAACUUUUCUCCAAAAAGAAGUAAUUGCUUAAAGAAAUACCUUCUUCCUGGUCAAGCAAAACUUAUUGACACAUGUCGAACUCGGUGGGUACAAAAGCUUCGUGGACUUGAUGUGUUUUUCGAUAAUUAUUCUGCAGUUUUUUCUGCUUUUGAAGAAAUGGAAGACAAUAAUUUAAAAGAGUACAAUAAAGAAACAUCUUCAAAAGCAUCUUCUUUUAUGAAGUUAUUGACAAAUUUUUCUUUUAUAGUUUCUUUAGUUUUAACUAAACAACUAAUGGAUUACUUUUAUGGAAUUUCUGUUACUCUUCAAACUAAAUCUUUUGAUAUUUCCCAGCAACUGGAUGAAAUUCAGAAUUUGACUAAUCGUUUAAGAGAAAUGCAAAGAAAUGCUGAUGCUUACCAUAAUAAAUGGUAUAAAAUUGCUCUUGCAUUGGCUAAAACAUUUGAUAUUGAUGAAAAAAAACCUAGAACAUGUGGUGUUCAGAAGCAUAGAGAUAAUCAAAUAUGUGAUACUGUAUCUGAUUAUUUUAAAGUUUCUAUUACAUUGCCUCUUCUCAAUCACCUUCUCAAUGAACUAGAAAAUAGGUUUGAUAUUGAGAGCUUAAUUGUUUAUAAUGGUCUAUGUGCUAUUCCUGCUAGUUUAACAAAGCAAUAUUUUAGAUCUUGUCCAUGGAAAGAAAAAUUCCUAAUUUUUUUGAAUUUUUAUAAAUCUGAUCUUCCUCAUUUCUCAUCAAUUAAUGCUGAAUUAGAGUUAUGGGAGGAAUUUUGGAAAGAAAAGACAGAAUUACCAUCUACUAUUUCAGAUACAUUAAAGUUUAUGGAUAUGAGAGGCUUUCCAAACAUUUUAGAGGCUUUUCAUAUACUUGCUACAAUACCAAUCACAACUUGUGAGUGUGAAAGGUCAAUAUCUACUCUUAGGAGAAUAAAAACUUACACUAGGAGUACUAUGUCAGAAAAUAGAUUGAAUGGGCUUGCUUUAAUGUCUAUUCAUCAGGAAAUAGUUCCUGAUAUUAACAGAGUUAUUGAAAUAUUUGCAUCCAAAGGAGAUAGAAAAUUAGAGUUUUUAUUCAAAUAA